AUGUCAGAAGUAGAAGAUGAGGAUCCUCUUGGUCUUCGUGAGUUGGCGGUCCGAUUCGACUACUUAUUAUACCGGAUUAAUGACCAUGUAACCAAUUUAUCAGAACUUACAUAUCAAUCAGUUUGUAGUAAAAGGGAUACAAUUGAAAUUGAAUACCUUGAUAAGCAAUUACAAUUGGAUAAGAAAUUGAAAGAUGUAGACACAAUUCUUCGAUCUUGUGAUGAACUUGAAUUGGAAUUGAUGAAGCUAGACCAAAUGAGUAACUUUGUUGAUGAUUUUAAGGAGAGAUUACAUGUUUUGGAAAUUGCUUUCAAAGGUAUCAAUGUGUAA